AUGAAGAAGCUAGCUCCUUCCACAUGGAUUAGUGGAAUUAUGAUGGCUUGGGAAAGGUUGCGUGACCAUUGGCCAAUGCUUUGUCCAAAGCUGGUCUGCUUUGAUAGCUUGCCGCUUUUUGCUCGGAUUAUUCGAGGCCGGAUUCCUGCCAGUACGAUCAUGUAUCUGGGUGCUUUGAACACGGGAUAUGCAACUUCAUUUUUCACACCGUCUAUCCUUCGAGAUAUGGGAUGGACGUCUUUGAUGGCGCAAGUGAUGAGUAUCCCGAUCUAUGUCGUGGCUGCAAUCAUGACGCUUUGUACAGCCAUUCUCAGUCAGGAGACCAAGCGUGCCCGGUAG